AUGGAAUGUGCUGCAAGUUCGGUGAGUGUCGGUUCGCCUGCCAGCGUAGACGCCACGUUGGGAUCAGCAUUAGUCGCCAGCACCGAAAUCGGCCGAGACGCGAAAGAAAAGGACAGUCUGCUUGAGGCAAUAGCACGGGCGACUGUGAACGAGGCGAUCAACCUCGCCGUAGCUGAGCUCAAGUCAGAAGCAAUGGAGGUGUCGAAAGCAGCGUCAAGAGGUGGAGCGGUGGAGGAGGUGGCAGCGCAGUUGUUAGCCGGUCUUGCUGACUCCUCCGCCACGCGCACGGAACGCAGACGACCACGUCGACGAUGCUUGUUUGGGGAGAACAGCACGAGAUUCGUGGGUGAUGGCGCGAGACUCGUGGACAAUGCAGUGGCCUCCUCCAAGGAAAUACUGACGGAUGGACUUGAAAGGAUGACAUUGUCUGCCGAUACGGGUGUAAGUACUUGUUGCUCAGCAUUGUUACCUGACGCAUAUGUUGGAUGA